AUGUCGCAACGACGUCAAUACCCAACGCUACCCCGGGAAAGCACUCUCGCCAACCUUCCGGCCGAAUACCCCACGGACGCGCAAGACCAAAUCUCGCAGAUCCUCGCCACGUCCUCAAUCAACCGUCUCGUCGUGCUAGACGACGAUCCAACCGGCACCCAAACCUGCCACGACAUCUCCGUCCUCGCCGUAUGGGACAUUCCCACGCUAACAACCGAAUUCCAAACCAAUUCACCCGGCUUCUUCAUCCUAACAAACUCGCGUGCCCUCCCCCCACCAGAAGCCGAGACCCUCAUCCGAAGCAUAUGCGAGAAUGUCCUCGAGGCAGCAAAACAGACCGGUCAAAGAGUAGACAUCGUUCUACGCGGUGAUAGUACUUUGCGCGGUCAUUUCCCGCUGGAACCUGAUGUUGCGCAGUCCGUCUUUGGACCAGCUGAUGGACUCGUUCUGGCCCCGUUUUUUUUUCAGGGUGGUCGGUUUACGAUUGAUGAUGUGCAUUAUGUUGCGGAGGGAGAUAGUCUUGUUCCUGCUGGAGCGACGCCGUUCGCGCAGGAUGCUACGUUUGGGUAUAAGAGUUCGAAUUUGAGGGAUUAUGUGCAUGAGAAGGCUCCUGGGCGAUUUUCUGUGAAGCAAUUGCAUUCGGUUACGAUUGAGGAGAUUCGACUCGGGGGACCGCAGGUUGUUUGUGAGAGAUUACUUGCAACGCCUGUGGGUGGUGUGGUGAUUGUGAAUGCUGCGGCUGAAUCGGAUAUGCACGUCUUUGUUGCGGGGUUGUUACUCGCCGAAUCCAAAGGGAAACAUUUCCUCUACCGUACAGGUGCAGCCUUCGUAUCAACAAGACUAGGCAUUCGAUCCAAGGCUCCCAUCUCUGCCGCGGAACUGCAACUCCCAUCCCCUCGCCAGACAGGUGGUCUCAUCGUCGCGGGCUCAUAUGUCCCAAAGACCACAGCUCAAUUGAAGGUUCUCACAGACCGGCUAGGCGCGGCGGGUAAACUGGCCAUCAUCGAGAUCAAGGUCGAAGACCUCAUCGCGUCGCCCGAGACAGGGUCGGAAACCGUGAAACAGGUUGUUCGCGAAACGGAAUCUCAUCUUCUAGCUGGACAGGAUACAUUGGUUAUGACCAGUCGUAAGCUCAUUACCGGUGCGGAUGAGUUGUCGUCUUUGAAGAUUGGUUCUGUUGUUGCGGAGGCUCUUGUGAGUGUCUUGCAGCAGAUUGAGGUGCGGCCGAGAUAUAUCAUUGCAAAGGGCGGAAUUACUUCCUCUGAUGCUGCUACCAAGGGCUUAAAUGUCAAGCGCGCUACUAUUGUUGGUCAGGCCGCACCUGGUGUGCCGCUUUGGAGAUGUGAUGAGCCGACGUCUCGUCAUCGGGGAGUGCCGUUUGUGGUGUUCCCUGGUAAUGUGGGUGGAGAGACUACUCUUUGUGAAUUGGUGGAGGGGUGGUAUUAG